GCAACGCGUGCACACGUAGCAAACAAGACGCGUUGUUGACGAGUAAUUUGGCCAAGAGUGAAGAGAAACGUGUUUUGAAACGCGAGCAUGAUAAACAAAGCAAAUUUGAAACGUGAGCUUCUGUGAAUUGAUUAAAGAAUCCAAAAAUUUGAAUUAAAAAAUCUAGAAUUGUCUUGAAUUUAUUGCAACAAAAGUGUGAGGUGAAAAAAAUUUAUAAAAAUUGUUAAACCAAAAAGUGAAUAACUCAAAGUUGCAAAAUGGAAGACACAACAACAAUGGAUUAUUUGUAUGACAGCACAACCUACGCACCGGAGACAACAUUUGCUGUGGAUACCACCGGCAUGCCAUUCCUUAAUUUGGCGGCAGUCACGCCAGACAGCGUCGUGGACCGGCUGUUGCACUCCGGCGAGCAGUUGUCGCACAACCAAAUCACCUUCGAGAUACCAUCGCAUCACGAUCUCGAACACAUCAAUAAAUUGCACACAUUCAAUACGCUGCUUCAGCGUAUCGGCAAUGUGGCCUACGACACUGUUGCUUCCGCCAGCGCGCAUAGCGGGACCAACGUGCCGCAGGAGGAGCAGCACGCGCUGCGACCCUUUGGCGUCGAUGCGACCGGCCAACACAUCACCAACGAACAGAUCUCCAAGAGUGCUGUGCUGAAUUUGGCCGAGCUGAAGAACGGUGUCGGCAGUGUGGGCGGCAGCUUCUUGGAAGAUUUCUUCGGCGAUGCCGACAUGCAUGCCGUCAUCAAUUAUUUGUGGAUUGGCGUGGUCACCGCAUUGGUGGUGCUUUCUGUGAUUUUCAUUUUGUUCUCCUGCUACUUUUACCGCAAGUUUCGGCAAUGGAAGAAAUGCAAUAAGGACAUACGCAACCACUUGAGCAACGACUUGUAUGCCGAUGGUCAUCUUGUCGUUUGCGACCGUUUAAUGGACGCCCGCGGGAGACAUACAGUAACAGCUGCUAACGCUGCCUCCGCCGCCUACUAUCAGCAAAUGGAGUCGCCGCCAUGCUACACCAUUGCCACCGGCCUGCCGACCUACGAUGAGGCAUUGCAUCAUCAGCACCAGCACCAGCACUUCUCCUACGGCAUGAAGUUCAUCUAUCCGACGAUUACGGCUGUGCAUCACCAUCCGGCCAUUGCUGGUGUGUACAAUAACAACAUGCUCACAGCCACAUUGAAGCGGCAGAGCGACUUGCAACAACAGCAACAAGCGCAGGAGCAGCUAAUGAAGCAGAAGACAUACAAAGUGUCGUCCGUGGCGUUGGAGGACGAAGCGCCGCUGGAAGUAGUCAUGCCCGCCAGCUACGAUUUUGCGGAACUGCAUGGUCUCAAUUUGUCGUGUGGCAGCAUGAGUGUAACCGCGCCAUUGUUGGGUGUCAAUGCCGCCGCGGCGAAGACGUCGGCGUCGUCGCUGGAGGAAGUGAUUACCAUACGCUUGGACGACAUGACAUCAACGGGCGCGUUGCCGAUCGAAGCAGCAGCGACGCCACGCCGUCCGGCCAUGUUUUAUAAUGAGUUGCGUCGCGAGCGGGGUGUGGGCGAGGAGCAGCAGUGCAGCGCAGUGACGAUAGCGUGAUCGCAUUAAGCAAUCACAGACGCCUCCACGCUUCUUCGCGCAGCCCCCGAUGAGCCGCUGACGGGUCAACCGACUGCUUACGCCUUGUAAAUAUGUAUGUCCUGUAAAUAUGCUGCCUCUGGCAGAUGUAAGACAGUCACCGCAGAAGAGCUGUCCGCCGCUACGUGUUAGAUUCAAACAAAGAGACUAAUUAACGUAAUGACAUUUCGAAUGAGUCCGUAUCUCACAACAUUCAUUAGUAACUUCUUGAAACUUAAACAAACUUAUUUUUAUUUAUUUGUAACUGUAAAUGAUUGCAAGAAGAGAUGCAUUUAAAAAUUAUUACUUUGUUCUGUAUUAUUUAUUUCUUGUUUAGUUUAAAGAUAAAAGCACUUUUCGUUAAAAAAGACUGACUGUUCAUUAAACUCUGUGUAUACACCCGUAUUUUUUACUGCAUGUAAAUAGUUCUAAGUCCAUAGUUAGCGCGCAGAUGCAAGUAGUAAAUUGUAUUUAUCAGCGAUUAGUAAAACUAGUUAGGAAUUUUAUUAUCUAAGCAAGCUAAACGAUUUAUUAAAUUUAAAAAAUUACACAAAAUUUAAAAGUUCAUUUGUUUUUCUUUCACUUACGUUCAUUUUAUGAUCGUUUUUCGUUUUCUGGUUACUUCGAUCUGUUUUCAGUUGGUAAAAGUUGCAUUGAAAUUUUGUUUUUCACAUACAUGCACACAUAUACAUUUUACAUACACUCACACCUCUCACUUGCUUACACGAAAUAUUUGCAGAGAAGAUAACACCGUUAGCAUGACUCGUUCGAGCUUUUGGCGCUUUCAUAUAGCGUGAAAGCUCAUAACGUCAUUGCUGUUGGAAGCGCCGCAGAUAUGCCCAAAAGAAGCGCCGCCUGGACCACGGGAGAACUAAACUGGUUUGCUGAGUAUCUAGUGACAAUUUGGUACAUGGCUUGUAAUAAAUACAUACAUACAUAUAUAUGUACACUUAUUUUUUCAACAUUUCAUUGGUAUUUGUAAAACAAGUUUUAAUUUUUUGCUAAAUAUUUUUUGUAUACAAAAUAUUUGAAUUAUCAAUUACAAAAGUAUUGUUAAUUAAAUUACACAAAGAUCAAUAAAAUUUAAAUUAUUUUCUAUAAACACUGUUAGAAGCUUGUUAGGUAUAAAAAACGUAUUAACAUAAACGUAGACGAAAGCCUUCUGACUCACAACUUCUACCGGCGAAAAUAUAACAAUUCUCAUUUAAAAUCAUGGAAAUAUUGAUCCUCUGAAGGCAGCCAAUAGCAUUUUCAACGCUUCGGCAAAUUUAACUCAAACGAAUUGGCGAACAAAAUUAACACAUUUCGAUCAGGUCGAUACUAGGUUGUAGGGUGAGAGCUGUAUGGUGUUUAGAGUGAAGAGACAAUAUCACAUUUUAUGAAUUUUACGUUUUAGUGGUAAACCACUCUUGAUACCAGUUUUAGUGUGCCGAUGCACACAAACCAGAAAACCGUUAACGAAUGUCUUAAUCGUUUUGAUGAACUUGUCUUCCCCCUCCGUAAAUAUUUUCUACAUCGAUCUCAAAAACGAAGUAAAUAUGAAAAACUUUUCAUAAAAUUUUAUCAGUGCGAUAUCUUAAAGGGGUUAUAUGAGUUUCCUCGGAUAAAAAGCAGCAUUUUUUCAAUUUUUUUUUCACAUAAGAAAUGAAAUAUUUUAUUAGAAUUUUUUAUUGUUACAAACAUACACUAUUAACAAAGAAAUUCUGAAAUUCUUGGAAAAAAAUAUUUUAAGCUCGGCCAAUGCGGCGCCAUUUCCGGUGACCCCGCGUUGGCAGGAUAACUUUUUACAGUAUCAUUUAAAGUAAAAAUAAGAGCUUUAGUUAAAACCUUAACUUUAACUUGGACGAAAAAAGUGAAAAUUUAAUUUUUACAGACAUUUUUACAAAAAAAUUACAACAUUUUUUUUGAAAUAGUUGUUAUCCAAAAAAAUCUUUCGCCCAUGUCUUUAAGAAUUUUAGAAUCAAAAACCUGAGUAAAAUUUCAUGUACAUCGAUUGGGUAGUUCUCGAGAAAUCUUGCCAACCGAGAAAAACGGCGCACCUAACCCAGCUAACCCCGAGCGCACAAGUUCUGGUUGUAUCUCCGAAACUAUUACUCGGAUCAACUUGAAAAUUUAGGACAAUAUUUUAGAGGUGUUGUAAAAUUUAAUAAGAUAAUAAAUAAAAUCGAUUUGUUGAAACCCGUAAACCCCUGUAACCUCUAAUUACCAAGGUGACAACUACUGCAACGUAAGACAAGAAAUUUUAAGGGCUUGAAAAUUGUUUCGGGAAACGUUCUACAGAUUAUCAGGCAUAUCUUCUUUAAUUCCUUAAGAAGCACUGAUCUGCUUUACCAACGAUGUAUUCACAGAUAAAAGAUCAACGAAGUGUGCUAUGGUCGUCAAGGGGUCUAUUGGGGAGUCUUUUUUAUGCUGCUAUUUUUGUAACCAGUUUUAAUAUAGCGAACAGUUGGGUUACAAGUAGUUGUGAUAUAUAAAUUCGCGUCCGAUAUUACCACAUAUAUUUUCAGUAUAAAUGAUUUACAACAAAAUCACUAAUUCUUAAAUAUAUUUCUCCAUUUAAAAGUUUUAUUUUCUAAAACAACAUUCAAAAGGUAUUUACAUUAUUUUUGAGAAAUUUUAAAAUUGUAGAAAUUCUCAUUUAUACUUCUUUCACUUUCUUUGACAUGCCAGGUCUCUGGUAAAGCGCUACAAUCAAAAAAUAAACUUUAACUACAUAUUAUAAGAAUCUUCGAAAGCACUGUUUUUCCAAAAUAGAAAGCAGAAUAUGUAUAUACAUAUAGAUCUAAUGAAACGAGCUCAGUAAGGGUUUCAAAUAUGAUUUUGUACUACGCAGCAUGCCGUUAAAAAGAAUGUGCAGAAAGUUAUCGGUUUCACCAAUUUACCUAGGUUUUAAAUAUCAUAAAUUCAAAUCUUAAAACAAAAAUAUUUCAAAAUUACAUUGUAAAAUAACUACAACUCAACAGAGCUUUCUUAGAAUAUACAAGAGGUCAUCGACUUUAAAACUAACUAAAACCUAACUGCAUUUUUGUUGUACCUUUGAGCCACAGCUUGCACCAUAUAUGUAUGUAAUUUUAUCAAAUAAAAAAUGAAAAUAAUAAGUAAGAGAUUGUAUAUAAGACACACACGAGCACUAUUGAAUAAUUGCACCACAAAAUACACACUACAACUACACGAAAUUUAACGUGACAACGACUACCUAAGUCCAUGAACACCAAUAUUGAAGUACGAUUAAAAAUGGAAUCUGAAUGCGACUGAUAUUCAAUAAUUGAAGCACUUUGAAAUAGGAAAAAGUGUUUUUUCAGUAAUCUAAGAAUCAAAAUAAAAAUACAAAAAAUGUUAAAGAUUUAUGAAAUAUCUGCCAGCGCGAGGUUUUCAGAGCUUUUCCGUGCUGCUGAUCUGCACAAUUCAUAAAGUCAAUGCUUUAACUGUUAGUUAUUUCUAGAUAAAUAUGAAAUCGGUUAACUUUAUAAAAAUAAAAUACAAACAAAUUACCAA